CUUAAAUUGUUACUGGCUCUGAAGCAAGGUCUCACCAUGUCCGACGUUUCAGUCACAGAACCAUCGAAUCCCGCUUCGGAACCCAUUGUUGAUGAUGGAGAAGAGGAGGAGACUAAGGAGAUCAUGAUCAUGAAGCAGCGAGUGGAAGAGAUGGAAAGGGAAGCCAAUAUGCUACGGGAAAUGCAGGCUGCUGCAGAAAAGGCAGAGCGUGCCUCCACUGAGGCGGAAACAUCCACACCGAUGGAGAUGGACGAAGACCAGGUCGCGGCGGACAGUAGAAGCAUUUACAUCGGCAAUGUUGAUUAUUCCGCGACACCGGAAGAGAUACAGGCGCACUUCCAAGCAUGCGGUGUGAUCAAUCGAGUUACCAUCCUAUGUGACAAAUUCACUGGUCAUCCUAAGGGAUAUGCGUACGUAGAGUUUGCAGAAGCCGACCAUAUCGACGCCGCUCUCGCCUUGGACAACUCUCUUUUCAAGGGCCGUCUACUCAAGGUCACAGCAAAGCGAACUAACCUACCAGGUUGGAUGCGUGGACGUGGACGUGGGAGAGGAGGCUAUCGUGGUGGCUUCAGGGGCGGUUAUAGAGGCUCUUCCGGCUACAGUCCGUACCGUGCUCGUGGCAGAGGCAGAGGUCGAGGCCAUUGAUUCAAAAGGACGAUUGUCCAUCUUGCUUGCUCUGUUUGUAUGCUGUCACAUCGUAUUUAGUGUACUAGUUGGUCUCCUUGCCAUUUGCGCUUCCGACCCUUUUGUGCGAGCUACUAGCUUGCUUGAUACCUAUAGUCAUGCGGACGAAUGCCAGACUCGACGUCUGCGUUAUGUGGGUUCAAACUCGGGUUGCGUCAUCGUAUCAACGAAUGGAUGAAGCUAAGUAGUCUGCUCCUAUAUAGUGGCAACUGCCCAAUUUCUUGCAUGGACAGGAUAUAUGGCAGCUGACAGGGAUGACGGGAUGCUCGGUCUUGAGCGUCGUGCAUGCUCAUAGCAAUCUCAUGUGUUGUCUCUGUUCAAUACACUAGUACUCGGAGC